GGAAAAAAAGACCUGGUUAUUCAGCAAUCCAGCAGCCUCUCUUUCCCUACAGGGUGGGUCUGACUGAGAGGAAAUCACCACCGGCCAACUACACAUGGUGGAUUCCUGGCAUUGUGGAGUUAGCAGUUGGGUCUCCGCUUGGAAAGAUACCGUAGAUUGCAAGAAGAGGAGUCUCCAACAGGGCAAAAUGUGGCUGCCAUGCUUGCUGUUUUUGCUUUUCCUGCAUGUGGGUGAGUUUCCUUUCCAAGAGAUGUUUUGUCCUGCUUUCAGAAAACCCGGGUCCUCUAACAGCCUAUUGGCACAUUAUGCAGAAUAAGAUGCAGUAGACUGAGGUUGUAGAAUUCUGGGCUGUGCUUUCUUCAUAUCGUAAUUGGGGGGGGGGGGACCAUAGUGGUGGAUGCUACCUCCGUGUAAAUAUAUAUUCAUGUAAAUCCCUGUCUGUAGCAAGCUAGAAGCAGAGAACGAUGCUGAAUAUUCCCUCUCAGACCUGCUAACUUUUCCAGAGGCAGAAAUAUGAUUCCUGUCCCUACAACCUGAAAGGGGACAGGCUGGGUUCAGACCACCUCCCCAUUCUCUGCUACCUGGCUUGCAGAGUGGAUAUUCACAUUGCCUUGGUGACUCAUGAAAAAAUGGUGCUACAGUGACUCCUGUGUUGUUGGCAAUGCCAGGUACAAGACUUCUUAGAUAGCUAGCUUGAUAGAUUGGAGUCAGGGUGGUGUAGUGAUUAAAAUGUCGGGCUAGAACCUGGGAGACCAGAGUUUUAAUCACCACUUGGUCAUAGAAGCCCACCAGGACUCACCUUAGGUCUGUCGCUGCCUGUCAGCCUAACAUGUUUGUGAGGAUAAAAUGAGGGAGAACUGGCUAUGCCACCUUGAGGUCCUUGGAGGAAAUGGAAUAAAAUAGACAGGUAGGUAGACAGAUAAGGUGUAGGCCACGAGAGUCUCUAGCUCAGCCUUUCCCAUCCUUGGGUUCCCAGAAGUUGUUGGACUACUGCUCUCAUCAUCCCUGACUGCUUCCCCUGCUAGCUAUAGAUGAUGGGAGUUGUAGUCCAACAACUCUUGGGGACCCAAGGUUGGGAAAGGCUGCUCUAGCAGGUCAAAAACUUACUGCCAUUUGUGAUAUUAGUAGUAGAAACAGCCGUACAAAAGUACGCAAGAUAGCUUUUAUUGCGUAUGGGCAAGUUUCUUUUUCCGAGACUUCUUUCCCACAUGGAAUGUGUGGGCAACAUUUUGGAAUGAUUCUAGAGGAGUCCAUAAGCAAUUGGAAAGAGCGCCUUCUUGGCAUAGCACAAACCAGCCCAUGAAGGGGGAAUUGUCCUGUGCAGCCUCUGGGGGAGGGCUUUCCAGAGCUCCAGCUGCCCAGGACAAUGUGGCCUAGGCUGUUAAGCAAGCCCACAAAAUGAAGGAGAAGGAGAAUCUUCAGCGCAAGCUGGUGCCUCUGACACUUUUGUUCACUGACCUGGAGUUUUUAGUGAAGGGAGCUGGGGGAGGGGGCGGGGUUAAUAAAUAUUUUACAUAAAUAGAUAAUAGAAUAAGAAAAUAGGCGGGGAAACAGUCAUAUGCAUAGUAAUAACAGAUUUUUUGAAAAUAAUAAUAAUACUAAUUUAUUAUUUAUACUCCGCCCAUCUGGCUGGGCUUCCCCAGCCACUCUGGGCGGCUUCCCAAAAAAUAUUAAAAUACCGUAAUACAUCAAACAUUAAAAGCUUCCCUAAAAAGGGCGCCUUCAGAUGUCUUCUAAAAGUCUGGUAGUUGUUCUCUUUGACAUCUAGUGGGAGGGCGUUCCACAGGGAGGGUGCCAUUACCGAGAAGGCCCUCUGCCUGGUUCCCUGUAACUUGGCUUCUCGCAGUGAGGGAACCGCCAGAAGGCCCUCGGUGCUGGACCUCAGCGUCCGGGUAGAACGAUGGGGGUGGAGACGCUCCUUCAGAUAUACUGGACCGAAGCCAGUAUAUCUGGCUCCACACACUGUGUUCAUCCAUAGAGCUGAAUGCUCAGCAAAUGACUGGAUGGGAAUCAUUUCCAUUGUACUGCAAACCAGACAGUGAUUGGCCAAGGACAUUCUGCCCACCCCAUUCUUCUUAAUUCUGCCCAUUCUUCUUAAUCAGGUACAACUUUGUACCUAAUCCCCUGCCCUGUUUUCUGUUGAAAGUUGAUCAGCCUGCCCUUUGUCCAUUCUUCUUCACCCCUGUCAUGUGUGCCUGUAACAAGCUCUUUGUCACAAGCCAGAUCCAAUAAACCAAACUCUCCCCUCUGUGGUAUCUCCCCAGUGGGGGAAAAAACCCCACACAAAAAUGUACCUAAUCUUGAGUGGUGUCCAGGAUCCUGUGAAAGUUGUAAGUCGUUUUGACCUUUCAGGACCAGUGGCCACAGUUCUCUUCAUGUUAACCAAUUCUGCAUGUGGCCGGUUCCUCAGGAAGUUCAGCAAGGUCAUGUUUGUUUCACAAGAGCAAAUGCUGAAAAAUCUCAACAAAUUUCAAGGAAGUCAUUAGAAGGGAGUUGAGAGGGAGUUGGAAAAGUCAGGUCUCUUCAGGGUGGUUGGAGGUUAUUUAAAACUAGAAUUAUAGAAGCUGAGCUUAAAUGUAUCUAGUGUCCAAGAACAUGCCAGUGUGGCUAAUGAGCCUAGCCAAGGCGGCUAUAAAAGGCAAGAAAACUCCCCUUAAAAAUAGAAAUCUUGCUCAAAUGAGGAAGGAAGGAAUAAUCACAGAUUCCAUUAGUGACACCUAAUGUGGAAAGUAGGGACCUCUCAUUUGUCUCCAACCUUAUCUUGCCGCUUUCCAUUACUUUAAGGACCUUCCCCUCAGCAGCCCAUUUCCAGUAUUCAUAGGCUCAUAGAGUUGGAAGGUGUAUUUCAGGAACUGCCCUAUUCCUGUGAUGGUAUUUUGUUUUAACUGUUUGCAAUUUUGAAUUUUGAAUUUAGCCCAACCAUGUGCUGUUGCAAGAAGAUCAAAGCAGAGGGGAACAUGUCUCAGGAGAGAGACAGACUUGUGUUCCUUGCAGAUAUGCAGAAUGCAUACAUGCACUUUGCAGUUGCAUGCAUACAAUUUUCAGGAUGCAAUUGCAUUGGGAAGUUUGUGGCUCAGUGACAGAUAUUGUGCUUUUAGGUUAAUCUUUCAUAUUGUUACACCGUUUUUCUCCUUGCCAUUUUAGGGUCUAUUAUGAAUGCUGUUCCACAUUCUUCAGUGAUGCAAACACCUGCCACCGUGACUGUGGAGGAAGGAUCAACACUGAAUAUGCAGUGCAAGUUCAGUGGAGACAGCACCAAAUGGUCUAUUAAAUGGUAUAAAGUUAAAGGCAAUGAACAGGUGGAAUUGCUUAACUCAAGCCUAAUUCACAUAUUUACACAUCUAAAAGACAAAUUAAGUAAUUUCACUUUGAAAUCUGUGGAUUUGAAGGAUGCUGGAACUUAUCUGUGUAACGUUGUCAUCGAUACAGCUCUUCAACCUCUCAGUAAUGGGACAAAAGUGACCAUCAUUGGUAAAUACUUGAAUUUCUUUCCAAAAUCUGUUUUAACAGGGUAGCUUCAGUCCACUUGUGUAGUUUGUGGAUUGGAGAAUGUUUGUGGGGGUUGCUCAACACUUUUCAGAAAACCCACUUUAGCUUUCCAAAGUAAGACAAUAGUUUAGAUAAAAAUCAGUGCCUCUCUAGUCUAAUGGGAGCACCAGGAAUAUUCGAGUAACUGAUCAGUGGGGUCCAUUUUUCUUCUGAAAUGUGCAAAUUGAAAGUGUCCUUCACACAUUACAUUUGAGGGGGCGCCAUGUAAGUAAAAAGUCUUCUGAAACAAAGUGUGGGGUAAAGUCAGAGCCACAGCCUUGCCACACUUUCACUCAUCUGAUACCUAUUCUCAUCAAUUCAUUUUAAUUUUCUUAGAGCUCGUAUGCCUGUGUUUUAUCCUGUUUUUGCUGUGCUCACUGCUUUGAUCAUUUUGUGCUGCACUGUGGUCCAUAAACUUGUUUACUGUGAUUAUUUAAAAUGAGAAAAGCAGUCAAAAGUUGCCAGUUUUCAGCAGAGCUGAUGCAGAGGCCCCUUUUCUCCCAUUGCCUCUCUUAUGUUGCAGAGCACACAAACACAUAGACACCUAAAUCUAUAUUAGCAACAAACAGAGAAAGAUCCAUUAAAACCAUACAUGGUUGGUACUUAACACCUAGCUGACUCGCCUUUAUAAACCAGUUCUCCCAUAUGCUGGAGAGGGUGUCCCACUAUAAGGACAUAAUGACACAUGUGGUGAGCAUGUCCAAAAAUUGAAAAGUUCUGGGGAAAUGUUUUUACAGAGAUAUCUUUGAUCACAAGUCAGAUAGUACCCAUGACCCCAGGACAGGCUCUGCUUAACCUGUCAGGUUAUGCCAUGAAUUUGGAACAAAGAACUCAUAACUCCUCUGUUAACCACAGCAAGAACAGCCAUUGCCAGGGCAUGGAAAUCAUUGCAAUUAUUGACCAUGGACCAGCGGUAUAGUGCAAUCUGGCACGUGGCAUUAUUGAAAAAACUGACAUGGAAAUUGAAGACAGCAAGAGGUUAGAGGAACUAUGAUAACUUUUAUGCAAUCUGAGGCAACUUUAUGGAUCAUACAAACAAUGAUACAUAUAGCAGAACGGUGCCUAUGGUCUACAGCACAGUUUGGCAUUCUUGAAGCACAUAUUUUAUUUUUAUUUUCUCCUCCUGCCUUUGUAUAUAAACUCUGCAGACUAGGACUGCUGCUGAUGCAAUAUAUCUUUUUAAUUGUGGGCAAUAAUCCAAGCAAUGGAGGUUAUUAUGUAUAAUGUUGUGUUUGUUAAGAUUGUGAUGAUUUUAGCAUAUAUACUUUGGCAGAGUUCUUUGGAGUAUCCAGAGAUGAUUCUCUGACUGUACAUAGUUGUUUUAUCUUAAUUAAAAAGAUAAUUAAUUAAUUGAACACACACACACACACACACACACACACACAGAUAUCCAUCUCUUCCUCAAAGCAGUCCAGUCCUAGGACUGUCCCAGGUGCUUUUUCUGAAUGCGUCAAUCCCUCUUCUUCCACUCUAGCUACCUUCUCAGUGUCCAAUGCUUUCAGUAGGGGUCUAGAUUAUGAUAUCUCUUUCAUGCAGAAAUUACCGACUUUGAGGUGAACCAGACUUCUGGAUCCAUCCAUGAAGUGGAAGGGGCGGAUGUCACCAUCGAGUGUCGCUUCAGGACAGUCGGCAGGAACAGCAGCAUGUAUGUCAGUUGGGACAAAGAUGGGCUUGCGGUUGAGCAGGCUAACAAGACAGGCUCGUACAGGAUCACUCAGAACCUGAGAGCAGGAUUUGCUUCUCUCACCCUCACAAAUGCUACUGUGAGCGAUUCAGGGUUGUACGUCUGUAACGUUGGGAGAGAACCAAGAAAUCAAACAAAAUCAUCAGGAAUUGCAUCUCAUGUUGUCAUCACAAGUAAGUGCUGGGAACUUUCUAUCUGUUUUUUUUUAAAAAAAUAAUUUUUAUUAACAGGCCAAUCACAUCACAUUGUUCAAAUCACAUUGGUUCCAAAUUAUACAGCCAAAUUUUAAAUUUUUUUGGGGUACCCAUAUAUCAAGCUCCGCACGAGUCCAAAAUUCCGGAUAAGUCCAGACAUCAUUUAUUUUACUGCAUUAAUUAAUCAGUUCUAUCCAGUUUACUCCGGAUAGUCCUUUAUUAUUUUUCUUCAUCUUGUUGUAGUUGUACAUUCCUUUCUUUGCGAUUUCUGAUGAUUCUCACAAGCAGACUGAAAGCUGGCUUCUCUGUGUGGGUUUUAUACUCUUCAGAAGCUAUAUCAGCCCAGGACAGCCUCUGUUUGACACCUCCAUAGACAAAAUUAAUCUUCAAUUUGUCCUUUGUUUUUCCAGGCAAGCCAAAUAAAUCAAAUAGAUCAGGGGGCUGUGUCAGGUCAAACUUUCAAUUCCGUUCUCCUUCUCUUUCCGACAUUCCUGAUUCUCCUCCCCCUUCUCUCUUUCUCCGGCAGCCUGUCUUGGUGAGACGCCAUUUUUUAACUGUGUCAUAAAAAUUCCUCACCGUUCAUCAAUCUUCUCUCCUAUUGUAUUCCACCUCCCACACAGUUCUUAAAAUCCUGCUUAUGUUUCUUAAAAAACGCAACGAUCUUGUUUCUUUCUGGGGUGGAGGGUUAUUUUUGUCACAUCAUAUAAAGAAGCAGAAAGAGUUUUUCCUCCACCCCCCCUUCGUUCCAAACAUACAGUCUCUUGGUGGUGACACAUCAAAAGAUUUACUUAUCCUUCCGUCACUCUCGGUCGCAGAGAUCCAUUAUUCAGCAGCCUUAUCGUCGAGCUUUACUUGAUAUAUGUGCUUCAACCUCAUUUCCAAUCAUCUGUUUCCAAUUAUAAUUCCGGGCUGAAGCAACCAGCACGCGCUAAUUGGAAUCGGCGUCAGGAAGAGCUGAUUUCACCGAGGGCUCGUGCCAAGUGUUCAGCACCCCCAUCUCUCGGAUCAGGGGGUGCAUUGUAAACACUGCUGGCAAGACAGGGCCCCACCACAUCCUGGUGGGGAGGGAAGGCUGCCUACUUCCCAUAGCAGCCCCUAAACUACCUUGUGUGGGUCAGAGAGAUGUUAUUGCCGGCCAUCUUCCAACGCACCACCUAGUGGCCCCCCGGGAACUUUCUAUCUGGUUAUUAAGCAAUGAGCAGAGAAGGUUAUAGGAAUGCACCCCAGAGGAUAGUAACUCUCCAUUUGAAGCAUCUCAGAGGUCCUUGGAGGUCCCUCCAAGACCCAAGUCUGUAUUUCUGCUCCAUAAUGCAGAGGUAGGAAACCUUUUACAGCCUGAGCUGUCAGAAGCUGACACAAUUUUUCAGUCAUUCAAUCCCUUUCACAUGGUCUCCUGGGAAAAAAUUAAAAUCACAGGGUAAAUGUCCAGAUUUAAGGGGGAAGCAUAUAGGUCACAGCCACACUGUGCAUUUAAAGCACAUGACUUUCCCCAAAGAAUAAUGGCAAUUGUAGUUUACCCCUUGCACAACUACAAUUCCCAGCACCCUUAACAAACUACACUUCCCAAGGUUCUGGGGGCGGCGGUGGACACCCAUGUGCUUUAAAUGCAGCAUGUGGACCAUAGAGUGUUUGCUUUUAGCUCCACCCUAUGUUUGGCAGGCUGACACUUCUCAGUCAUCAGGCACAGACUGGAUCUUCCUUGGCCCACCACAGGCCAUCAAAUCCUCUGCUCUGUGCUAAAAGGCAGGAGGAUCCCUCAAUUUCAGUUUCUUUCGGUGUCUCAUUUUUUCAGUCUUUAGUUCAGUUCACCACAUCUUCACACAAGUUUACUUUUUUUUUAAAGUCCUCACGAAAAUUGUCAGCAUUUUAGUGCCAAUUUAUCCUAAUGAGUUUUUGUAUGCUAUUUUCACACAUAUAUGCAUCUUUAUAUACACUUCCCCCUUAAUGUUCACAUUUUUGUAGACACUAUAUCGCUAGAGCACUGCUUUGCCAAAUUUGGGGUCGUGUGAAUUUCAACAUGUAGCUGCAUUUAGGUUUGUAUAUAUUUGGGGGAAGUGCAAAUGUGGUUUGCAUUCAGUUGUGAUGAAACAGAUCUGAAUCUCUCUCUGUCUGCCUCAUGUAGCUUCAGACUUCAGCAAUAGCACUCCAACAGGUUCAUUCUCCAUUUGUCUACCUGCUGACCUCCAUUAUGUUUUGGACUACAACUCUCCGGAACCCCAGCCUGCGCAACUGUACUCCCAUCAGCUCCAACGCUAUGCAGCCGUGCUAGCUGGGGAUGAUGGAAAUUGUAGUCCUAAACAACUGGAGGGCUGUUCCCUGUCCCACACUGAAGGCUGCAUUCACAGCCGCUCCUAAAGCCAUUUGGCACCCUCAGUACUCAGCCUAACAGAGAAAAGCAAAGAACGCAAACUUCAAAGAAGUCAAUCGUUCAUGCACAAGUUCCAUGGCUGCGUAUUUAACUCAAAGCCACAAAAUCUGGCAUUAUUUGCCCAGUCUCACAGAUGCAGACUUUAUCUCCUCUGGCAAUUUGAAGGUUGCACACUGAAGUUGUCAAAUGCUUUUUCUGCUCUUUCCACAGCGGCUAAUCUGUCAGUUAUCCAGUCACCUGCUUUCAUCCAAGGAAUGGAAGGGCAAACACUCAUUAUAAACUGUAGCAUUGCAGUUGCCAAGAAUGUGCGACUCCUCCCGUACAGUGUCACCUGGUAUAAAAAUGGCACUGAUGGACGUGAGGAGGAGGUGACAGGUGCAGGCAGGACUCUGAGCACAACCACAGGCCUGGCUUCUCUCAUUCUGCCCAGUGUCCAAAGGAAUGACUCUGGAAUGUACCGAUGUGCUGUCGGUAGUAAUGGCCGAGGAAAUGGGACCAUGGUGACAAUCUCUGGUAAACAGAAUCAUUUUUCCCCCCUGAUUUCCUUUCUACAGGGAAUGAGAUACAAAGGUGUUUGGAACUGAUAGGUGUGAAAUGUACAGGGGUAUAAAAGAAAAUGAAAAGAAAAUUUAGCAGUUGUAGAAAGAUAGAAAUUCUGGGUCACUUUUGACCCAAACCAGAUGUUAAGAGCUUCCAAUUGCUCCAUCCUCUGCCCUCCCCCUUCUUGCUCAAAGUCCCCACUGUUGUGGGGGAGCAGAGAACAUUUCUCAGCAGGUUGCAAGUUCUAUUUUCAGUUUCAUACAUAACAAAUAAAUAGCUGUUUCUGGGGACUCAGCUCUGUUAUCGCUGAUGAGUUGAUGGAUGUUUUGAAAGACUGAGGGACAGUGAAUGUGUCUCCACUGCUCCCACUUCCACUUUCUAGGUAUAAAACCUCCAUCAUUUCCCACAAGUCUCAAAGUGGCUAGCAAAGCCAUAAAAUACAAAACAACUUAAUGACCAGUUAUCAAAACAACUUGAUGAUUCACUACCCACUGGUCCUAUAUCCAUGCUAAUUUUCUUGAAAUUGGAACUUGGGCAUGAGCAAAAGUUUGGGGUGUCAGCCAUACCCUCAAAUGAAGCCCUGUGCAGCAGCAGAAUCUUGCCUGCCUGUUUCAUUCCACAGACCACCAAGGGGGUCUUCCUUUUCCUAUUCCUUUUAAACCAGAACGUGACAAGCAGCCAGAAACUGAUAGUGGAAGUCCUGGAGCUGGAAUUGGACCUGGAAUUGGAGCUGGAAUUGGAGCUGGAGCUGGAGCUGCAGCAGGAAUCCUCCUCCUCUUUUUGCUGCUCAGUGUCUUAGCAUGGAGAUACAAGAAGAGGGCUAAAGGUAAGGCUCUCUCCCCUGACAGAUCUAAGCCAAGCACCUUGGAGAGGUCUUCUGGGAGGUAGACGGAUUAGCUCCCACAAUGUGCAUUUGCAAAUGCUUCCCUGGGCAUGCCAGGGAGGUGUUGCAAACUGUGAUAGGGAAGAACUGCAAUUCUAAAAGACACAACACAAAAAAGGAAUAGCUUGGGAGGAGGAAAAAAUAAAUGACCAUGAGUUACAAUGUUCCACAGAUAGAGUCCUUCAUUGAGUGAACUGCCCUGAGAUCUUAUGAUGAAGGACAGUACCCAAACUUAGAUUCACAAAAUGUUUAGGGGUAUGCGUACCCCUGCGUCCCCCCAGAAAAAAAGCACUGACUACAGCCAUCCCCCAGAAGUCUCAGAAAUGCAAAUUAGUGCCCAUCUCCACCCAGGAUGGUUAACAAGGAAUUUCUGUGGAAUGUGCCAUCAAUCACAUGUGUUCUUGACUCAUUCACUCUUGGGAUUCUUUAAUGCUUAACCACUUUCAAAUUUCUCUUCAUCAUUCCAUUCCAGAAAGCACAACAGAGACAGAAGGUGCUUCAACCAAAGAAGCAGGAACGGUAAGAGGGAUUAUUGUUACAUAAUGAACACGCAUAUCCUGCUCCUAUAAAUUCCCAGGCUGUGCUAGGCUUUGCCGGGGCCACUCUAGGCUUCUCCCCGCACCUGCUCUGAGGUAUCUGGUGCAUUGGGAUGUCCACUCUGGUCCACCCUGAGUGUCAUCUUGUCUGCCCAAAUGGCCUUCUGUUCACAGUGGGGAGCACUAGGUGUCACUUUCUUGUGCAGGGCAGCCUAACAUCCCUAAAAGGGAUCAUAGAUCUUUUCCACAUGUUGCUAUCCACUCUAGAGUUUGGUUGGAAUAGAAUGGGUUCAUCCCACUCCUGGACAAGUCUGUUUCACCCCUGCUCAUCUUUAUUUACUCCUGCAUUUCCCUACCAUCCUAUCACUUCCCAACUGGGAGAUAGCUAAACUCUGGAACUCUGGAUGGUUUAAAUAGGUAGGAGAAGACAUAAUAAUUGCAAUUUAGGUGCUCACAUGGUUGGGUUGGACAUAGAAAGAGAUCAGCUUACUGCUUUGUUUAAAAUGCAGCCCCAUCCGUAGAAGAAGAAAAAUGAAGCAUAGGAAUUAGGCUGUGAAGCCUUCUUUUAUUGAAAUUCAGUUGCAAAAUAAGCUGGCACCCCUUUCUUACCCCACUUAGCAAAGAAUCAGAAAACAGACUGAAAAGUAAGUUUAAAAUAUGAGUUACUCACUCAUAGUCACACAUUUGUUCUCAGCAGCAACAGCAGUAAAAUAAAUGCAGGCAAAAUACUGAAUUUACAGUAAAAGCAGCCUCAUGCAUGUGCCUCAACCGGGGCAAUUGGAUAUCCAUCUGCUUCCAUUACUGGUCAAAGAGAAAAGGAGGGAGAGAAAGGAACAGGAAAUACUCUUUGCUCCUUCCUACUCAAGAGAGGCAGGGAAAUGACAUCACACUGAGCCUUCUCUACCAAUUACCAAUACAUUUUUAUGGCCUGGGUCUGCCUAUCAGCAGUACAGCUCUGUGGUCUUAACCCCUUCACAUGCUAACUAGCAAGAAUAUGCAUUGUUAGAUUUGGCUACUAAUUUCCCACAAAGAUGGCUGUCAAUGACUACUAGCCAUGAUAACUGCUCUGCCUACCAGGAGUGCCAACUUGGCCCCGCAACCGUGGGUGCCUGGGGCCAUGGGUGACAUGCAGCAUGACUGGCCCUGGUACUGAAAUUUGUGGGUGCCCGGGCCCUUCAUGGGGAAUUUUGUGGGUGCUCAGGCACCCAGGGCCCCAGGGAGUUGGCACCUAUGCUGCCUAUAGAGCUGGAGGUAAUAACGUCUGAGUACCAGUUGCUGGAAACGGCAGGAGGGGAAACUGCUCAAAUCCUGCUUUCAGUUUUCCCACAGGCAUCUGGCUGGCCGCUGGGUCUCCUUCUUCCACCAGAGAGCUCAUCAGCCCAUUCAUGCUGUCCUCAACCUCACCAUUCUAUUCCCCCAACUUUCAUUUUUCUCUCUCAAUUAAGAUUCAGUGUUCUGUAGCUAUUGAAUAUUUUUAGUCAGUGGUUUUUUCGGGGAGUGACAUUAUUCACUGCUAUGGAGUACCGUCACUUUUUUUCCUGCCCAGGGCAGCCAUUUUAAGUUGUCACCCAUGACACUUUAAUCAAGAUAUGAGUACUGGCAACUAUUUUUUUUAAAAAACCCCAAAACCCACUGUGGUUAGUCAUCACUGGACUGUGAUUUGUGUUAAGUCUUUUAAAUAUAUAUCUAUAUCUAUAUCUAUAUCUAUAUCUAUAUCUAUAUCUAUAUCUAAUCAUCUAUAUCUAUAUCUAUAUCUAUAGCUAUAGCUAUAGCUAUAGCUAUAUCUCCCUUAGGAUGUUGAUACAUUACCCCGAAAUGUAUUUCUGCAAACCUUGGGUUUUCCCCAAACAUGCUGAUUGAUACCUUUCCCCUCCCCUCUUGUUUCUUAGUGGCCUGGUUUUGAUUCUAGUUCUGUUUGCACUUGGGGAACUGGGUUCGUGUCUCCGCUCCUCCACAUGCAGCUGCUGGGUGACCUUGGGCUAGUCACACUUCUCUGAAGUCUCUCAGCCCCACUCACCUCACAGAGUGUUGUGGGGGAGGAAGGGAAAGGAGAAUGUUAGCCACUUUGAGACUCCUUCGGGUAGUGAUAAAGCGGGAUAUCAAAUCCAAACUCUUCUUCUUCUUCUUAUCACACGAGUUCACUAUUAGAGGGGGAGUAAAACGGUGAUGCACCUGUUGUGGUGCUGCCUCCCCAGGAUGGUGCAAUUGUCUCUUUCUCUUUCUUUGAGGAAGGGUUGGAUCGCAUCUCUUGCAGCCUUUGCCAACCUGGUACCUUCCAGAUGUUGCAGUCCAACAACAUCCAGAGGGCACCAGGUUGUCAAAAGUUUGCUUACUGUAUCCAUUUCCCCUCUUGCCUGCUCCAAAGCUCCCAAUGUAUAUAUUUAUUUCUGCAGCUUCUUUUGCCACCUGCAAACAAUAUGCUUUCAAGACCACCACAGAGAGAAUGAAACAAACUUUCUGUUCCCUGCCCUCUCUCUUUCUCUUAACAGCAUCUUCCUUUAACCAGCCAGCAGAAAGAGUUGACCUAUGCCAGCCUUCGUUUCAACAAAAAGGAAGUGGAACCAGAUGCUGGGGUGAUCUAUGCGGAAGUGCGAACAAAACCGAAACAGCGAGCUGGCAACAGCCAGAUCUAGCCUCCAAACCAGCCACUUGCACUAGAGGAAAUGAAACAGGAUGGGAGCGAGGCAUGAGCCACCUUUCAAAAGCCCUUGGACCCCCAUUCUCUAUGACACUGUUCCUGGUCCCUUCAGAAAAAACGGAGCUGUUGCCUUGAAGACCCACAUUCUGGAAGAUUUCUGACGCCCUCAUCCCCCUUUCUUCCUCAUCUUUUGCUGGGCAGCCUGAAUCAAUGGUCAUGAUGUCCGCCUCUUGGGAUGCUGCUGAAGCCAUCACUGGCCCUCACCAUCACUGACCCUUGCCAUCUCAGCCAUCUCCCUCCUUCCAAAGGAGCAGGUGUAGGAAGCAUGUGGUGGCUGCUGCUGCAAAGAGGGUGACUGAAUAGGGCGAGGUCCCUUGGCUGGGUGUCCUCCAGAGCCAACAUUUGGAAUGAAUGCACUUGCUUCCAAGAGCUGCUGGCUUUCCUUCAUUCCCACCUGCAGCUGCUGAGAAGCCACUUCCCCACAUGGCUGCCGUGUGGAUUUGUGAAUACAUUUACCAUGUGGGAGGGGGCCAAUUGUGUGGAUCAUACUCCCACAACUGCCACAAGCAAAUGUAACAACUGGGUGUGUGAGAGAGACCGUGCAUCUGAUCUGGUUGCAGAGAAGUGGCUGCAGUGCUGUAAAUGAGUGCGACAGCCUUUGUCAAGCAACUGGAGAUCUCAGCUGAAAUUCUCCGUAUAUAAUCUUUCCCCUCUUACUCUCAAGAGCUUCCAUCCCCAAGGCCAGCGAGCAAUCAGCUAGAAGAGGCUUGGAUUUGUGGGUCAUGUCAAAUGAGCAAUGAUUCCUUGCAUUGCCACGGUUGGACUCGAUGGCCCUUGGGGUGCCUUCUAAUUCAACACUUGUAUGAUUCUACCAGCUCUCUGCUUCUCAUUUGCCAGAGCCAUGCACUAAAGUACACAUUCAGACAAUGGACAACUGUGUGGUACAGCCAGUGGCAGCUGGCGCUUAUUGGAUCUAGUAGGGCCACAAAGACAUGGGGUGUUGCCGCCUAGAGGUCAUGGACAUGGCCAAGUUCUGGUGUGCUCUCCCCAUCUCCCUCCCUUGCAAAGAUAUUGUGGACACUUAAGCAUUGCUGUUUUACAGAUCGUUAGCACCUAACUAAACUGGAAAAUGUUUUCCUUUGGUUCAGAAGGGGCACAGUUGCUUCUCUGCUGGGAUACAAGUUGUGUGGCCUCCACUUGUCCGGUUCUCUCCCUGUCCUCUUCAUUUGCAAUAAAAGUGUUUAAAUGCUGCAGUUUUAUUAAUGCCAAGCA